AUAUUAUGAUAUUUUUCAGAGGUUUUUUUACUAAUAUGAAUAACAAUAAGAAGUGGUGCCUUAAACUAUUUUUUCAAUUAUGGAUUUGUGAAGCAGUGUGCAGGAUACAAACUCUAAGUGACCAAUAUUCAAAGAAAGAUAUACUGGCUACACAGUUGAACCAAAUUUUAGAAAGAAAAUUAGCCAACGACAGAGAUAAAGGAUUAAGAAUGUAUCCCUCUUUUACAUUUCCCUUCAGCACACGAGAUUGGGAAAACAAUAGCAAAGGAGAAAUGUUCAACUCUCUGAGAAGUGGAAGGUGUUUAUAUGAUGAUAAAAGGCUCUGUGAUCCCCAAACAUCACUGUUUUCUAUAGGAAAAUUCAUUGAGGACUGCAACAGGGUAACUAGAGAACAAAAAUGUUCAACGAUCACUCAGAAUGUUACAGUUGGAACAUUGAUAGAGGUAUGCAAAAUUCCUCUGGUCAACUCUUGUUCCAUCAAUCAAACAAUAGCAUACGGUCUAAAGGGGUGUAGAAUUGAGUAUGAAGAUGUCUGUAAAACAAUACUAAAGGACACCGAGGUUGAAGAGGAUAUUGUUAAAUGCAAAAAUGAAGAAAAAAAGCAGUGCAAUGAUGCUGGAUUGUCAUGUAUCUUUGUUCCAUUCCAAGUAUGUAAUGUAGAUAAACAAAAAGUAAAGAGAAAAAUUUCAGUCAUACGGUGUUCUAAGGAAAGUGCUCUUUUAUGUGCUCCACAAGAGUGUAAGUUUGAACCUGGAAAGGAGGAGUGUAAACUCAUUAACAAACCAGAAAUACAAGAGGUUAAGAGGCGUGUCUGCUGGACUUUACCUAGACCUGAAUGCCGUUUUCUACAAAAUUUCAACAAACAACCAAUUAGUUAACUAGAAAUUACGACAACGAAGUCAUUUGAUACAUAACGUAUUUUGCACACACAGUAAACAAACAUACAAUAUACAAUAAACAUGCAAUUAUAAAGACUAAAGGCAAAACUAAGACUGAUUAAAGUAUGUACAUUUUAUACAAUACUUCUUAAAACAAGAUUUUUGUAUAAUUUAUUUUUUAAUUUUUAUAAAAUAAAAUGAUA